UCUUUCAAGUACAUUGUGUGUGUGUUGUCUUGCAAUGAAGGCUUUCUGUGACUAAUGUGUUUAUGACAGUCUUCUAUAGUAUUUACAACAACAACUUCCUCUUAAUGUUGAGUGUACCCCCUGCCAUGGUAACUCCAGCAGUUAUAGUGGGUUUAUAACGACAAGGAAGUGCAGCAACGAGCAGAUAUCCCUAAUCUUAUUCUGUCUUAUUUCAGAUUAUGGUGCUAAUGAUAAAUACACAUUAAAUGAACAUGUUUAUGUCACGCUACGUACUAAUGCCGAAUGGAUAAAUAAAAUCGCCAUGCAAGAUGGCCGCGGUUGUAGCAGACGAUAUUUUUGUGGGUCACAGAGCGUCGUCAUGGGCACGUGGUUUAGCGGCGGGAGGCGCCUUUUGAUACCCGUUAUACGAAUAAUAGGCCUACGGUGAUAUUACCAUUAAUCCGUGACAGUGUUGACAAAGAUAGGACCACAUGAAAAUGCUUUAGUUGAAUUGUUCAGUGACAAUAUUGGGAAGUUUGACAAAUAGAAUGGACUUGAAUGGAGACGCUUAGACUUGGGCAGCAUAUCGAAGGCUUUGAUCGUCUUGGAUAUGAUAUGGAGCUAAGAGAGGUAAGGACGUAUUUCACUGUCUUGAUCGGACACCAGCUCGGACACCUGGGUCACUAGCCGAAGAUAUAAUGGGUCCAGCUAUAGCUGACAUUAUCAUUGAUGUUUUUGCCAAAGUCAUAGACGCCACAAAAAUCAGGAUUAUCACGUCAUCGGUACUGUCAAACGACGGCACCGUAACGUCGUACGCCUCACAGUCACAGUGAACUGAUCGAGUCAGGAUAUCCUGGCCGAAUGCAACGGGUUGUGGCGGGCCUGUGAGUGUGACCGGCUUUUGACAAGGAGACGUUUAGGCGAUCACAAGGCUUAGUGUUUGGUCAGGAUGGAUAUAGAAGGACGACCCUCUUCGGGGAGGGAGAGCGGACAGGGAAACAAAUCAGAAGGUUACAGUGAAUAUGGCGAAACGUCUGGAAUCGUUUCCGGGACUCAGUCGCCGACGAUCAUAGUACCAACAGCAGACGAUGGGGUACUCGCAGACGACAGUAAAGACACGCAGGGCUGUGGUGCAGGAGACGGUGAUGACGACAUGCAGACCUCUGAUGAGGGAUUUGGUCAAGAGGAAGCAGAGAGCGAUGAAGGUCAAGGCCUAUCUCGACCUCAACGGGAAGUAAAAUUUUCCGACCUAGAGCAAACGUCUGCUGAGCGAGCACACUCGGAGAUCCCGGAUGUGGAAUCAUUUGAUGAAGCAGAGGCAUUGAGGCCUGGCCAAAACACGCCCGAGGAAAGCCAAGAGGUAGCGGAGACCCAGGGCCAACCUUUCACGUUAUUUGCUAUACUCCCUACCAAGGAAGUCGUAACUUUACGUGAUGUGUCAUCUGGGAGCACAGUUUACCACGUCCAGUAUCUGAUUGAACUGUCCGGGGGUAUUCCAAGUGAAUGCUACUCUUUGGUCUCGUCCACCUCCGCGGAAAAACUCUCUGCUGACACCAAGUUGGUCCUUGGUGAGAACAUCACCGCCGGUGCCACCAUGCGAAUCAUCCCUCACCUCGCGUGGUUAGAGGUGUUCAGGGCUAUCUGGCACAGUGAUGUAGACUUUAUUAGCAAGACUGGCGAGGCUUGUCUGAUGGGCAACAUGAGCCCACAGGAAGCAGUGGAGAAGGAGAACACGUAUAGAAAGAGAAUGUUAUUUUGCUUGUUCAUGGCUUGUGCCAGGGGAGAGAAAGAGAUGUGUCAGAUCUUCAUCGAGAUGGGUGCUGAUGUAACUGGGAGGACAAAUUACGGGAACACUGCCCUCCAUGCCGCGGCCAGGCACAACCAGCUCGUCGUGGUAGACCUCCUAUUGAAGAAUGGUGCUACGUCGAGUCAGAACGUCUUCGGGAAGACGGUAACGGAGAUAGCGAAGGAAGCAGGUGCCUUUUCGUGUGAACGGUAUCUCAGACUGCAUAAGUGGUCUCUGACCGGACAGAACUACGCCAUCUCUCCCAAACCCUCCCCGCGAGUAUCAAAACCUGCAUCAGCAACUUCACAGAGAUCCAGCCAAUCGGGGCGUUUCUUGAAAUCACAGGUGUUCUUACCAAAGGGAGCAGACAACAUGAUGAAUGACCAAACGGGAGGAUUCUUCUCCAACAAGGCUCUCAUGAGCUCGUCAAAUCUGCCAAACAUUGACAAACGGUGCAAGUCUGCGCCUGUGGGGCGGAGCGCACAGAAGAGUCGUCCUUCCACCGCUCAAAGCGCAACAAGAGGAGGGUCUAAAUAUCAUAAGGAUUGCUUGCAGAGGGGUGGUGUUAUCACGGUCAGCAAACCACAAAAGGACUAUCUUGGUGCUGAUAUUGUUAAAUAUAUUGACCACCCUAUGGUGACUGGGACGGUUGAAAAUGUGCAUGUCUACGUCCCGUCGGUUGCGACAGACAUAAACGUUGGUACGAACGCUUGUGAUGGGGUAAGUGGAGGGAGGGUUCCUCGAGACUUUGAAAAAGACAAUGCCAACGAUCCUGACAGAACCGUCCUGGCCGAGACUCUUUGUCGCUGGGAAAAUGACCAAAAUAAUAGACAGCUACAAAAGAAACCCAGGGCGAAGUCAGCCUCUGCUAGGCUUUACAAGUCUCAUUUCCAUAAAUAUUUGGAACCUGAGGAACCUGUGUAUUAUUCAAGGGUGAAGGAGCUCAGGGAACGCCGCGCGCAGACGGCAGUGUUGUCCCCGGAAGAGGAGGAAAGACGGUUGAGGAACGAUGCUGCUUAUCAACGCUGGAUGGCCAAAAAGACUGCGCAGGGCGCAUUUUCUCCGCAGGAAAAAGACGGCCAGCUGGUAUUGCCGAGUGGCAAACACACAAGAGAGGAGAACGAGAGAGCGUUUGAGAGAUGGUUGGAGGAGAAAGAAGACGAAGAACCUCAGAAGAUGAACUGCCUGGAAAGACGGAUAGAUCGGGAGAACGUGGUGCAGUUCGGUUGCACGGAUCCGGAAGAUGUUGUGUUGUCGUCACCAGAGGACAACCAUCUCAGUUACCAGAGAUGGCUUGGUUCGCAACAGGAGAAAGGGAGUUCACGCGGGAGUUAUACCUCUGACGAACCGUCUGAUGUGCUUCGCAGACGAACUGAAGAAAAGAGACGGAAGACGAUUAUAAACGUCAAAGCAUAUGAAGAAUGGUUGGAGGAAAUAGAGGAAGAGGAGGAGGUGGAACGAAAGAUUGCCAUGGAGAAGAAACAAGCUGCACAGCAGGCGAAUGAGGAGACAAAGAAACAACGCGCACCAAAGCAAGUCUCGUUUUCGAGAUGGCUCGCCAUGAAGGAGAGGAAAAGACAGGAGGAGAAAAAGAGACAAAGAAUGGAGGAUGCACAGAAAGCCGAGGAGGAGAGGUUACGAAAUGAGGACUGGAGCACUGGUACAAACGUGAAGACAUUCAAGCAGUGGUACAUCUUGCAAGGUAAACCCAAACCUGUGAAAGACCCCAAGAAGGGGCGAGAGGGUCAAACACGGGCGGAACAACUUCAGCGAGAGAAGGAGGAACGUGCCAAAAUGGCCAGGGAGUCUUUUGAUAGUUGGGCCAUUCAGAAAGCACUCCAAGAUCUGCAGCUCGAGAAACAGAGGUUGAGACAGGAGGAGAGAAGAUUGGACAUGAUGCGCGGGAGGAAGCAGACGACAAUACAAUGAGAUCACAUGACAGAUACACUGAAAACUUGACAUUUUCGGCACCUGCUUGAGUUAUGUCUGAGUGUGUUAUGUUGACCGCCUUACAUGCCUCAGGUAUGUCACAAUAUCAUUUUGACAAACCUAGAAUAGUUUCAUGGCGUUCUCACUACAAUCUCAAACCGUUUAGUUGCUUCUGGUGAUUUUAGAAACAUUGAAUGCUACCCCGGAUUGCAAACAUGGCCUACAACAUGACUCCUCCUUACGCAUGUUUCAUGAGGAAGUAAUAUGUAUCGAGUGAAAUGAUCUGAUAGUGUCAGGAUGACAACUACCUUGAACAAUUAGACUUUCUCAAGCAGCGGGAUUAAGACAAUAGCGCCAAGAUUUGUGAUAGAUUUAACAAAAUUGUAAUAGCUAUAUUGAUGUGCCAUAGAUUAAUUUAUGCAACAAGUGACUCUAGUUACCAUUGUGUGGAUGGUGAACGCGGUCAAUGAGGACAAUACAAAAAAUAUAAGGGACAGAAGAGACAAUGUAAUGUAUACCGGAUUAACCUUGACUAUACGGGAAAUGGGCAUGUAGAAUCAAUACAGGCGUGACAAGUGGGCACACUUCGUUGGUCUUGUCUGGCACACCCUGUCGUUGGUUAAAGACAUAUGUCUUCCAGCAGAAGCAGGAAUAGUAAGAUCAGGUCACUGGAGACAUGUGGUUGUUUCAUAGUGUAUACAUGUUUUGUAGUUUACUGGCGAUAGACGAUAUUUCCUCUGAAUGUGCAUCCAUUAGUUUUUUGUUGAGAGAGUGGAUGAUCGAUAAAACAACGACCACGGUCAGGGUUUCGACGGCAAUUGUCCCAACAACCUGUUCAUUAUCUGUCAGGUUUUCUCGAAUAAAGCACAUGAUCAAAA